AUGGUCUGCAUUGUUUUCAUUGCUCGACACGUCUUUUCGGCUGAUAUCGAUGCGAACCCCUCGACGCGACUUGAUAAGCAACAUGGUCGGAUUUGUUCCCCCUGCGGUCGUGUCAAGCGUUUCCUCAAGUCGAACACCCAGAACAAGAUGCGCGUCGGAGACAAGGCUGCCGUCUACACGACCGCUGUUCUCGAGUACCUGACUGCUGAAGUUCUCGAGCUCGCAGGCAACGCCGCCAAGGAUCUCAAAGUCAAACGCAUCACGCCCCGCCAUCUGCAGCUUGCCAUUCGCGGUGACGAGGAGCUCGACACGCUCAUCCGCGCCACCAUCGCCUUCGGUGGUGUGCUGCCGCACAUCAACCGCGCGCUGCUGCUAAAGGUUGAGCAGAAGAAGAAGGCCAAGCAGCUCGAGGCGUAG